AGUCGACUUGUGCGCGUCGCGGGGCUAGUGCGUGCGCCAAUGUUAUGUUCACAUGGAAUAUUGACGCUAAACAUAUAUAAAAUGAGCUAAAAAAGAAGGAAUCUUCAAUGAAAAUCUAUGAGCUUUCUUCAUCCCGGGAAACCACGCCAGUCCCUUUUGUUAACGAUGGAGAGUUUGGAUCAGAUGCUGAUUACGGCCCAAUUGCUGAUAAUGAUGACGACAGCGACUGUGACAUAGGCAUUUCGCAGUUUGAGCGGGGCAAACAGCGCAAAAAGUCAUUAUUGCAUGUCAAAAAGAGUACUUGUUCCAAUUUACGAACUGGUUCUGUUGUUAGAUCUACAUCGGAUUCUGCAUCAGAAAAUUCUUAUAACACCACAGACGAUUCAGAGUAUUCUAGUUAUGAAAGCAUUUUUGACUCUUAUAAACGAAAAUGUAGUGACGUCUUAGGACGUCAGCGCAAUAUAUUUCAAUACUAAUAUUAUCAGUUAUUGCACAGCGUCAUUAGACGUCGCUUUAGUUUGUAUGAAAAAAUUAUGUGCAAUAUCACAUAGAGCUACUAUAUUGAAGUGUGUGCAUGAACGUGUUAAAUGAUAGCUAUGGUACAAAAUUACUAAAUUUAAAGGAUAGUGGUGGAGCCAAGUGGCUGAGCUUUUGAGCUUUUGCUGUCGCAUCGAUGGGCCGGCUCGAACUGUUGUGGUACCAUGACCUCACAGAAUACCUUGUGUAGAAUAAUACCUGGUGGCCAACCCAUUCGUGCUACAACUAAUAUAUAACUACCCAGCUAUAUAGAUGGCUUAAUUCCGUUAUAUGAGCGAUAGCUACAGUUUAAUGUAUAUAAAUAGUGCCACGGCAAUUUAUCGACAGUAAAGCGAACGCUACCGGCUAUCGCGAACGAGUUUACGCAACAGAUGUAGUUAAUUGAAAUGAAAAUAAGUAAUAAAAGAUUGUUGUAUGUUAUUAUUAUUUGAAAUAAUUAAUUGUUGACUGUUAUGUAUUAAUUUUAUUACUAUACUCUGUAUUUAUUUUAUUAUUUAAUGAAUAAUGUUUGUGUGCACAUAAUAUGGGAUUCGAGAUAUUAAAAAUAACUGAAUUUU